AUUGCGCACUCGAAAGAUCCCUCGUUGGUUUUCUCACCGGGACACUCUUGUGAGCCUGUUGCGUGUGCUGCCUGUGUCUUGUCGGCUGGAGUUUCGUGAUCUCGGUGUUUGGAAAAUGAAGCAGAUCUGGGCGUUCGUCUUCUGCGUGUCUAUCAUCUCGGCGCCCCUCUGUCGGGCCGAGACCCUCGCCGAACAGAACAAGGGAUCACUGGGUGAGCAGGGCCGACGAAAAAGGGCGGAAGACAGCCGGGGUUAUCACCAGUCAGAUUCAGGAGGGCAUGUGUCCUCGUGCAUCAGAGAGGCGGUGCUGGACUGCAUGUCACGCCACAGAGAGAUAGCAGCUACCACACGUGCUCAUGUGUGCCCCCUGCCUCUGUGUCUCGCUCGCUCGCUCGUGUAUGUGGUUGCAGGUCGCAUGGCGCGUUAUCCUCAGAUGAAGCCCAAGGGCGUGCCGUCGCUGCUGGCAGGCGAGUCGAUGAAGCUGGCCCAGCGGCAGAACUACCACGAGAAGGUUGAGGAAGCCCUUAACGCACACCUGCGGAUGGAGUUUCAGGCCUUCUACACAUACCGGGCCAUCGCCGCCUACUUCGGCCGCUCGGACAUCGCGUGAGCAUGACAUGUCACACACAGGGCAUGGCAUGCAUUUGGUGGGUACACGUAUGUGUGGGUCUUGGUGUCGCUGUGUGGUGGUGCGUGUUCAGGCUGCCCGGCUUCUACCAGUUUUUCAAGGGUCAGUCGGAAGAGGAGCUGGAGCACGCGCAGCAGUUCAUCGACUACAUGAACACGUGAGUCAGCACCCGCACACACACACGGGUGCACUGCACGUCAUGCGCAUGUCAUGUCAUGUGUGUGUUGCAUUUGUAUGUGUUGGGGAUGGAUGUGACAGUCGUGGCGGUAUCUUCAUUGCGCAGGACCUGGACGCGCCGCCGUAUGACUUCAAGAGCGGCACUGCGGCGCUCAAGACCGCACUCAAGAUGGAGAGAGACGUCAACGAAUCGCUCCUCAAGGUGAGAGAGAAUGACACACACAGACACAGACAUCCACGCGCACCAUCACGGGUGCACUCUGCGUGUGUGUGUCAGCUGCAUUCCGUCGCUGAGGAGCACGGCGAUCCCCAGUUCACCGACUUUCUCGAAGGCAACUUCCUCAACGAACAGGUACGUGCACACGACACACAGAUCCCUCCCUCUAACUCCCCGCUCAUAUCCCCUCCCUUGUUCACUGUAUGCAUGCAGGUUGAGGCUCUGAAGGAGAUCGCCGAUCUGCUGACCAACAUCGACCGUGUGGGCAACGAGGGCCUGGGGCUCUACGUCUACGACCGACAGCUCCAGGCCAACGGACCCACCGGCGCAGGCGCGCUCGGCAUCGAAGUGGGCGGCGGCGGCGGGGGAGGCGCCGACGCGGGUGCCGCUGCAUAGAUGUAUAUUUAUGGAUCACGACACUGUAUGAGAGUGCUGUGGGUUGUUUUGGAUGGACUGGCCGUCGUUUUGGUGUGUCUACCUAACCCCUCACUCACUCAUCAAUCCAUUGGUGCCCUGCCUGCCUGCCUGCCGGUGGUCAGCCGCUCUCUUCCCAUACGUGCGAGUGAGCUCAGCUGGCCUGGCCACGUAUGGGUGCAUAUGUUGGUAUGUAUGUUCGUAUGUGUGUAUCGCUCGCUGUUUGGUGUGGAUGGGGGCCCGCCGGGGUGUUGGUGGGCGGGGGUGGGGGGGGUAGAAAUUAAUCGAUCUGGGUGGGGUGGGUAGUGUCUGAGUGAGUGAGGUAUGGGUGGGUACACAGUCAUACAUACAUCUAACUGGAGAGAGCACACCGACCCGGCCCGACGGAGGGGCGACCCGACCCCAGGCCUCAUCCUGGUGUCUGUCGACUCGCUGCUUCGGACCAUCCACACGAGUGAGUUGUUGUGUGUGGGUGAGCAAGUGAGUGCCUAGAUUUGUGAGAGGUUGGUGCAUGCUGAUGAGUGGGUGGGUGUGCAGACACCGUGUGGACAACAUCAUCAUGUUUGUGUCGCCGCGAUGCCAGGGAGGGAGGGACACGGCGGCCCAUACGUGCCCUGAGAGGUCGGCCGCGGGGGUGGUGUUGUCGAUGUGCGCGGGGGGUAUUUUCAAUUUAAAUAUAAUGUAGCAGUACAACACCACACCCUUCUGUCUGUCUUGUGUGUGUGUAUGUAUCGAUCUCUCUAUGUACGUAUCCAUUUUGGGGGUGACGGAGGGAAAGCCUCACAGAGUCGCUCUUCUCUCUUCCCUCGCUCUUUCUCUAUCUCAACCAAUCAUUGUCUCACCUCACCCCGCCCCCCUCUCGCCGCACCCGGCCCUCUUGACGUCUGCCUGCAUCUCUGUAUCUGCCUCUGUCUGGUGCUAUCUAUCCCACACGACUCAACACCCACCCUGAAUGUGCGAUUUUAGCGCGCGUGUCUACAAGACUCGAAGACGCGAAUGCAUGCUUGUGAAGGGGGCGGGGCGGGGGGAGGAGGGAGGACUAUCGUCUGUUGGUAUGUAUCUAUCAUCUAGCAGACACUACUACUCACUGGACUCUUCAACACACGGGGAUGCACGGGACACACGGAUUGGACAAACGGCAGCUGGUGCCACACGCUACAUCCUUAUGCGCCUGACGACGUGAAUGACACCGUGUGGACACGCACACUUGGUGACAUCUAUGUCGCUGGGUGUGAAGAAUGUGUGUGUGGCUAAGUGGGUGUCGAUUCGGACGCAACCUCUGUGGCCAUCUGAUGAUUGCAGACUCGAAUGGAUUUGUCUGGAGUUACUUGUGAACACCAGACACACACUUGGGCGGUGCUAUGAACAUUGAACUGAC